AUGUGUUGCACACUAACUCAUAAAGAAUUAUCGCAGUUAACCUCUCCAUCUCUUCACUUUGCCCCUCUACCACCAAGUUAUAUCUCUACGCCUGCUGUCCCCAGCUCGCCUAGCACAGCACUAUAUCUGCGAUGCAUUCUCCAUGAGUGA